GAACAACCUAGGGGAGUUGUACACGCAAGGCCAAAAAGACUAUCAUUACCCGCAGCUACCUGCGGACUCCUAGAAUCCUGCUUAUAUAGACAUGUAUACACGGGAGCAGGUGGUAUCUUACCACUUAGAUCAUCCUUUAGGAUAGUAAUCUAUGAC